GGCAGGAGCCUGGCGGGCAGCCCGCGCCGGUAACCGGCCCCAUGUGAGCGCCCCGCUCUCGCCUUCCGCCGCCCGCACGCGAUCGGCCGCCAAGCGCGAUGUCUUUCCGAGAGACCAAGGCGGGGGAGAGAGCCAAGCACCCUGAAGAUCAUGGCAAAAAGCAGAGUUCAAGUUGGAUCAACGGAAUGGAGAACAGCACCCAAGCCAGCACUUCUGUCGAGAAAAGAAAUCACCAUUGGAGAAGUUACAAGUUGAUUAUUGACCCGGCUCUGAAAAAAGGACAGCACAAACUCUAUCGUUACGAUGGGCAACAUUUUAGCAUGCCUAACUCUGGAAUCGCUCCUGUGGAUUGUGUCAGAGAUCCCAGAAUCGGGCGAAUAUGGACCAAAACUAAGGAGUUGGAGCUGUCUGUCCCCAAAUUCAAGAUCGAUGAAUUCUACGUGGGGCCAGUGCCGCCCAAGCAGGUCACCUUUGCCAAGCUGAAUGACAACAUCCGUGAAAACUUUUUGACCGACAUGUGCAAGAAAUACGGCGAAGUGGAAGAGGUGGAGAUUCUCUACAACCCCAAGAACAAGAAGCACCUGGGCAUCGCCAAAGUGAUCUUUGCCACCGUGAAGGGUGCCCGGGAGGCUGUGCAGCACCUUCACAACACCUCCGUCAUGGGCAACAUCAUCCACGUGGAGCUGGAUACGAAAGGUGAAACCCGCAUGCGAUUCUAUGAGCUGCUAGUAAAUGGUCUUUACACUCCUCAGACCCUUCCCGUCGGCACCGAGCAGGAUGCAUCGCCAACUGUGAAUGAAAACCUGCAGCUGACGGAUUCGCUGAAACGCCUGAAGGACAGUAAUGUGUCCUCUGCGGGCUCCUCGGUCACCCCCAACAGCAGCACGCCCUUUUCCCAYGACACGGCCUAUUCCAGCUGUCGGCAGGACACCCCAAACUCGUACAGCCAAUUCACCCCCCAGUCCCAAGGAACCCCUCACACCCCGCGCCUCGGGACGCCCUUCUCCCAGGAUUCCACCUAUUCCAGUCGUCAGACAACGCCCGUGUACCACUUCGGGCAGGACAGUGGGUACAAACCCAGGAGGCACGAAACCAAGUUUACGGAUGCCUAUAACCGUCGCCCCGGCCAUCACUAUGUGCAUAAUUCAGCAGGCGUUUUCCGAGGGCCGGAGCAUCAGUUUAGUACGUUCAAAUCUCAUCAGCAAGAACCUGUUCAGUUCUCUCACACUCCGCCCUUGAGCCACUCURGUUCUUCAAGCUACAAAUCUGCCUUCUCUCCCUACCAAGCGCCAGCUGUUUUUCCCCAGGCUGAUGAGCAGCAGUUUCCCCAAACUUCGAGAGAAACGGAGUACCGAAGACCUGCACCCCCUCCGACUGAGAUGGUUGUGGAAAGUAGCACUGCCGCUGCUAUUGAUUUUGUUCCCGUGAAGGAAAAGCCAGAGGAGCCUCCUCCCCCGCUGCCAGAUUCGAACUCUGUUCCUGAACCGGCUACAACAACCUUCUCCCAGACUCCGGAGAGGAGUGAGACCCCCGGCACCCCGACCAUGGAAUCGGAAAUGCAGCAUAACAGCUUAGACUCAAGGAUUGAGAUGCUCCUAAAAGAGCAGAGAACAAAGUUACCCUUUCUUAAUGAACAUGACUCGGAUAACGAGAUCCGAAUGGAAGGUAGCCCCAUCUCCUCCUCCUCUUCCCAGCUUUCUCCAAUCCCCAUGUACAGUUCGAACUCGCAGCCUGGUUACAGAGCUCAAACACCCUCCUCGCGCCCCUCCAGCACGGGCUUGGAGGACAUCAGCCCGACGCCGCUGCCUGACUCCGAUGACGACGAGCCCAUCCCUGGGACAGCUUCUCUGAGUCAGAAUUCCAGGGCAGCGUCGGARGCCGGCAUGACUCCCGUCGAUCCCCUGAGCAGGACCUCCAAAACAGAGACCUCGGAGGUUAAAGAAAUGGUGCCUGGUGACCAGACUCCAACAUCAGAAAAAAUGGAUGAGGGUCAGCACUCUUCAGGGGAGGACAUGGAAAUCUCCGACGACGAGAUGAAUCCAGCGCCCAUCACCAGCGCGGAAUGUGCCAAAGCCAUCGUGGUGAACUCGUCCGUGAGCAACACGGCCGUGAUGGCCCCGUCCAUCCCCAUGCCCCCGCCGGGCUUCCCGCCCCUGCCUCCGCCGCCGCCGCCUCCUCCGCAGCCGGGCUUCCCGCUGCCGCCGCCGCUGCCGCCGCCACCGCCACCCACGCACCCCGCUGUCACCGUCCCGCCACCGCCGCUGCCCGCGCCGCCCGGGGUGCCCCCGCCCCACAUCCUGCCUCCGCUUCCUCCCUUCCACCCCGGCAUGUUCCCCGUCAUGCAGGUGGAUAUGAUCAGCGUCCUGGGCAACCACUGGGGCGGCAUGCCCAUGUCCUUCCAGAUGCAAACCCAGAUGCUGAGCCGCAUGAUGCAGGCACAAAACACCUACCAGUACCCACCUUUCAUGGGGGCCCGCAUGCAGUUCUUGAACCUGCCGCCCUACCGCCCCUUCUCCAUGGGAGCAGCGCUUGGCCGUGGGCAGCAGUGGCCACCGCUGCCCAAGUUCGACCCCUCGGUUCCGCCGCCGGGUUACGAGCCGAAGAAGGAGGAUCCCCAUAAAGCUACUGUGGAUGGAGUCCUCCUGGUCAUCGUGAAGGAACUGAAGGCCAUCAUGAAAAGGGACCUCAACAGGAAGAUGGUUGAAGUGGUGGCGUUUCGGGCRUUCGAUGACUGGUGGGACAAGAAGGAGCGGCUGGCGAAGGCAUCUCUCACUCCAGUGAAGUCUGGAGGAGAACUGGAGGAGAAACCAAAGCCGAAGGAUCGGAUCACGUCCUGUCUCUUGGAGAACUGGAACAAAGGAGAAGGCCUGGGAUAUGAGGGAAUCGGCUUGGGCAUUGGGCUACGAGGGGCCAUCCGGUUGCCAUCUUUCAAGGUGAAAAGAAAGGAGCCACCUGAAGCUGCCUCAGCAGGAGAUCAGAAGAGAAUCCGGCCUUCUACUUCAGUUGAUGAUGAAGAUGAAGAAUCAGAAAGGGACAGAGAUGCUUCCGACACAACAUCUGACCUGUCCAAGAAGGAUGCAGAAACCGUGGGACUGAGACGGCGACCAGCACGGCCUCUGGAGCUGGACAGCGAGGGAGAGGAGGGAGACGAGACAUCGGGUAAAGAGGAAGAAUCUUCCUCAGAGAAGGAAGAAGAGCAAGAGGAAGAGGGAAGCUUGGUGAAAGCAACGCCUGGCAAGGAGGAAGAGGAUGAGGAGGAUGAGGAAGAGGAUGAAGAGGAGGAGGAUGAAGAGGAGGAUGAGGAUGAAGAAGAGGAUGAUGAAGAGACAGGAGUAGAAACAAGUGACAAGGAAGAAGAGCAGGACUCCGAGGAAGAAGAUGUAGCAAGUCCCUCAUCUUCCAAGGCUGAAGUUGAGUCAUCUGAUGAAAGUGAGGACUCCUCUGAAUUUGAGUCGAGUUCUGACUCGGAUGAUGAUGAGGAAGAGGAUGAAGAAGAGGAGGAGGAGGAGGAAGAGGAGGAGGAGUUGGUUGAAGAUCAAGAUAGAGAACCCAUGGUUGCUGAGACAGAGCAUGAGCCUGCCAGUCAUGAGAUUCCCGAUGAYGAGAGGGAGACCAUUUUGGAGCUGUAUCCUGUGGAUGACUUCAUGGAUGCAACGGGCUUGGGACUUGCAGAGCCAGCUUUGGUAGAAAAAGAUGAAGGCAUGGAAGAAGUCAAGGUGGGGGAAAACGAAUGUGGAGAAAUCCCAGAGGAAUCUAUUGCUGCUGAAACACUCCUGGUUAUAGAAAGAGACCAGGAGACAAAACUCGCACUGUCUCCCAUCUGUAGGCCAGUGGAAGAGUCCGAAGCAGUUGCCAUGCUCGAGUCGGAGGUACCGGAAGGUCUGAAGCCGGAAUCUCAAGAUGAGGAGGCAACGCUCUGUCUGUCGACUCCAGUGGGAAUCUUUGGGGAACCUCUACCCAAUAAAAGUAGCUUCUUUAGCAAGGCUGAAGAGAGCAGCUUAGAAGCCCGUGUUAAAGCAAAAGUGCCCUCUGCAGCAGAGGAGGACGACCGGCUGCCCCGGACGCCUGGGCGGGAGGUGGUCGUUCAUUCAGAGACCGAUGCUCUUCUGCUUCCAGCCCACAAGGUGCCAUCUUCCGUGCUCCCCUUACCAUCGACUCCCGGGAAAGAGGAAUCUUUAGGCCCUCCAGAAAAGUUCCCUGAACAGUUAAUGGUGACCAAAACACCUGUAGAAGAAGAGAUUCCUAGGACUCCUGGGCGGGACAUUUUGGCCAAGUCUUCGCACCCCCUCGCCAAGUCGCAGAGCACGGACACUGUUCCAGCCACCCCAGGGAGCGAUGCUCCCCUCACGGGAAGCAGCCUGACCCUCAGUUCCCCUCAGGUCCCAGGGAGCCCCUUUUCCUACCCAUCCCAAUCCCCUGGCAUUAACAGUGGCAUUCCUCGGACUCCUGGGAGAGACUUCAAUUUCACGCCUACUUUCCCAGAGGCUGGUGCUACCAUUCCUUGCCUUCUGUCUGGCAAGAAACCGUCAGAGGAGGAGCUGGAUGAGAAACCCUUUAAAGAGCCUCUCGGUGCUUCCCUUGUGGUCAGCAUGAACAGUGUUCCUUCCCCCAUCCCUUUUGCCAGCCCUCCCCAGGCAGAUUUCCGCACAGACAUGGGCUUGCCCCCUGAUGAGCCAAUACCUGUAGCAGUCCUGCCCUGCAUGSCCGGAGAUGGAAGGAUUCCCAUCGAGGAGUGCAAGGCAGAAGKAAAAUCUGUUUUGCUCUCGCCAGAUGCACCUAUGGGUGCUUCUAUUCUUCCUCCCCCACCACCACCUUCUGUCCUUCCCAAAAGGAGGCCGGGUCGGCCCAGACGGUCGCCGCCUUCUGUCCUCUCACUGGAUGUCUACUCGGGCAAAACCGUAGAACCUCCUUCUGUCCCAGUGGCCUUGGUGGAAAGUGCUGUGAGCAAAGAGCUGUUAAGUGGGCAUCCYGAUGCUUUCUAUGGACUGAAAGACCCUGAAGCCGUCACCCUGGAUUUCAGGAAUGACAGCUUCCAUGAGAAAAUAGCRGCUGAAACGGUCACAGAGAAACUGCCUUUUAAAGAGCUGGAGAACCAGUGGAAUGAAGACUUCAAAGAAGAAGAUGUGAAGCCUAAGAGGCAGUGGCGGAGGCAGAAGAAGACCCCUGAGGACAUUCCAAUGAUUCCUUCCCCUGAGUACUCCCCACCCCAGCCUCAGUUCAGACCRCGCUCCGAGUUCGAGGAGAUGACCAUCCUGUACGAUAUUUGGAACGCGGGCAUAGAUGAGGAAGAUAUCAGAUUCAUGUGCAUCACAUACGARCGCUUGCUGCAGCAGGACAAUGGUAUGGACUGGCUCAACGACACCCUGUGGGUUUUCCAUCCUUCAACCAGCUUGUCUACUCCCAAGAAAAAGAAGCGGGAUGACGGGAUGCGGGAGCACGUGACGGGCUGCGCGCGAAGUGAAGGCUAUUACAAAAUUGACAAGAAGGACAAACUUAAAUACCUCAACAAUAGCCGAGCUUUUGCGGAGGAGCCUCCAGCUGACACACAGGGUAUGAGCAUCCCUGCCCAACCUCACGCUUCCACCCGGGCCGGCUCCGAGAGGCGGUCAGAGCAGCGCAGGCUCCUCUCCUCCUUCACUGGUAGCUGUGACAGCGACCUGCUCAAGUUCAACCAGCUCAAGUUCCGGAAGAAAAAACUAAAAUUCUGUAAGAGCCACAUUCACGACUGGGGCCUUUUUGCUAUGGAGCCCAUUGCAGCUGACGAGAUGGUGAUUGAAUAUGUGGGUCAGAACAUCAGGCAGGUCAUUGCUGACAUGCGUGAAAAGCGAUACGAGGAUGAAGGGAUCGGGAGCAGCUACAUGUUCAGAGUUGACCACGACACCAUCAUCGAUGCCACGAAGUGCGGAAACUUUGCCAGGUUUAUUAAUCACAGCUGCAAUCCAAAUUGUUAUGCUAAAGUGAUCACCGUGGAGUCUCAAAAGAAGAUCGUCAUCUACUCCAAACAGCACAUCAAUGUGAACGAGGAAAUUACCUACGACUACAAGUUUCCCAUAGAGGAUGUAAAAAUCCCGUGUCUUUGUGGCUCUGAGAACUGCAGGGGAACCCUAAACUGAACUUGAGGUUUCUCGUCACACUUGCACCUUCGGCCAUGUCAGAACUGUGGUAACCAGGUGUGGUUGCACUUUGCCAAAA